AUGGAUCUGAUCCGUCGGGCGGGUAAGGCCCUGACCGGGCCUCCGCAACUACCUACGGCAGAUGAGAAGCUUCACAAGCCAAGGACACGAUCAGGGCGCCUGUGGUCCCGUCUAGCCUUCUUCCGCAGGCCCCUGCGCCUUAGAGGGAACUCUACCAUCUCCAUACCGCUGGGUGUGGUCAUAUUGUUCCCCCUUAUCGUCGUCAUCCUCAUCCUCAUCCUCUUCGUGAGGCACCCGAACUCUCCGGGCAGGAUACUCAUGCCCGCCGGUGCUCCUCCGGCCAUAAGGAAAAUAAGCGAAAAAUACGACAAGACUUUCGUCGAAGGCUGUCUCGAGCCUGAUACCUCCAAGCCCCGGGCCAAUGGCGCCUUCGUCGUUUUGGCCAGAAACAAGGAAUUGGAUGGCGUGAUCCAAUCUAUCAAGUCCAUCGAGCGCCACUUUAACCGGUGGUACCACUACCCAUACGUAUUCCUGAACGAUGGCGACUUCAACCAGACCUUCAAGGAUACAGUCAAGAACUACACGUCUGCACCUGUUGAGUUUGGCAAGGUCGGUCCAGACAUGUGGGGUUUCCCGGAAUGGAUCGACCCAAAGGUCGCCAAGGAGGGUAUCGCCAAGCAGGGUGAUGCCGCUGUCAUGUACGGUGGUCUGGAGAGUUACCAUGCCAUGUGCAGGUUCUAUUCUGGCUUCUUCUACAAACACCCCUUGCUCGCCAAAUACGAGUGGUACUGGCGCCUCGAGCCUGAGAUCAAGUACUUCUGCGAUAUCACCUACGACCCUUUCCUAGCUAUGAUCGAGAACAACAAGACCUACGGGUUCACGAUUGCUGUCAAGGAGCUCCGGGAGACCGUCCCUAAUAUUUGGCGUUACGCAUCCGCCUACAAGCGUUUGAAUAAUCUUACGUCCAAGGGCCUGUGGGAGAUGUUUACCGAGCCUAAACCCGAGCCUGAACAGAAGGACCCCGCCGCAGAGAUGGAAGCGCCGCCGCUGCCAGAAGAGAUCCUGCGCUCUGAGCCUGGCCGCAACGGUCUUCCCGAGAUCGACCCCGAGGCCAUGGAGGGUGAGAGCUACAACAUGUGCCACUUCUGGUCUAACUUCGAGAUCGCUCGCCUGAGCUUCUUUAGAAGUAAGGAGUACGAGGACUUCUUCGAGAUGAUGGACCGGAGCGGUGGCUUCUGGAUGGAAAGGUGGGGUGAUGCGCCGAUCCACUCUCUAGCCGCCGGCGCCCUUCUUUCCCCUCGCGAUAUACACUAUUUCCGUGACUUUGGGUACCGACACACUACCAUUCAGCAUUGUCCUGCGAACGCGCCCCUAGGAAGACAGCUCCCUCGUGAGCCAUACCUUGAGAAGACAACCUUGGACGAAAAGAAGCGGGCUGAAGAGGAUGACUACUGGGAGCAUUGGGACCCACCCAAGGAGAACGGUGUGGGGUGCCGAUGCCGAUGUGAUACCGAUAUCGUCGACGUCGAGGGCAAGGAAGGAAGCUGUCUUGCAGAAUGGGUCGACGUUGCCGGCGGUUGGGCCAGCCCGUAACGUGGAUACCGGAAGAGGUCGCCUGCAACCUGCGUCACAGUACACGACGGAAUGGCCCACGACAAGGAGCUCACAGGCCUGGAAGGCUGGGCCGAAUGACAGACAGCAAGUCCAGUCCAAGGGCCAGCCGGAAAGAACACACGCCGCGACUUACGUCGCAUUGUGUAUCUUGGAGUACACUUGUGUGGCUGAGAAGCGCGGUGCUGCCGCAUGUCUGCUGACCUUCGCCACCGUUGUCGGGUUCGCAUCGCACACUCGUCGUUUUGGUGGUGGCACGGCCGCUACCCUAUCUACUGUACCAGGCGUUUACGAAACCACAAAAUCAUCCGUAUUUCAUCUUGCAUGGGAGGACGGGUAGAGUAGAUCGGGCGUCAGGCAAACAGGAUUGCUGCUGCUGCGGACGACGCCGCAACCUGUCCUUUUUUGUUUCCCCAUACGAUACCACAUACUUAAUUGAAUAUACAAUGUCAAGAGCCC